AACAUGUAGUCUAUCAAGAUUUACGGAGGCAAUGAUAAACUAACGGCUAUCUUCUAAAAAUAUACGAUUAUCCGGAUAUUGUAAACAUAAAAUACCUAACCUCCGGAUAUUCGAAAAUUGUUAUUUGGAGCAACCAAACAAAUCUAUUACAUAACACUUUAACAAAUGACUAAACCAGUCUGAUUGUAAAACUAGGUCCGUAUCCCUUUAUAAUGGUCGAAUAUUUAGCCAUUUGUGAUUCCGCUAUCUAAUCCACAAAUGAUUUGUCCAAGUAGUACUUCUCACUACAUUCGUACAACAUCUGGUGUUCCAAGAAACAUUUAAUCAUACGAUUUUUCCGGGUGAUGUACAGUUUUUCUGAUAAUAUUCAACCAAUACGUUAUAUAAAGAGAUAUAUGCCCUUGGCUAGUUUGUUCCGCGUUUAUAAAUUCAAGCGUGUAAUAUCAACCAUUUAAAAGUACCGUUAUAAGUACGCUGACGUUGUUACAUCAUAGAUUUAGCGUCAGUUGCGUUGAGCUACGAAUGCGUAUAUUUACCGGUAGUUACAAAACUGACAUCUACUAUUUGACCAGAGAUAUUGUAGCCGAAUGCAGCAUUAUGUGUAAAUUCGAUACCACUACCAAGAUCAUAUUUCUGAUAGCGUACAUCAAUCUAGCAACCAGUUUUGAAUCUCGAUAUUCUAUUCGAAGAAGAGAGACUAAAGAAGAUAUCAAUAAUUAUAUUCAAUAUCUCAAAGAUUACGACGUGUUCUAUGUUGAUGGUGAUAAUGGAAACGAUAGAUUCACGGGGUUAAGUCCUUGGCGGCAUGGGUAUCGGAGACUCGGUCCUUUCCGUACAAUAUCUGUAGCGAUACGUAAAAUACGUAUUUUUCGUCGAUCACUGUCUCUACCAGUGAAACUUUACAUUCGAUCUGGAUUUUACUUCAUAAAGAAACAGAUUAGAAUGACUGAAAAGGAUUCAAACUUAGAAAUACUUGGAUAUCCAUUUGACAAUGAACGACCGGUAAUAAGUGGAGCACGACGUGUUUGGGGUUCUCAGUUUUUCAAAGUUCAUCAACUCGCUAAUCUGAACUGGAUUUAUAAACUUAGUUACGAAGGCGGGUGUUCGCCGCAUCUCUUUGUCGGAAAUAAGAGGAUGGUGCGAGCCAGGAAGCCAAAUAUAUACGAAUGGAACGGACGUAAUUUAGCGGGGGAAGGCCCAUAUAUGUUGAUACAUGAUGUAUUGAUUUCAACGGAUGAGUGUAAACGUGGAAAUGACGUUUAUUAUCAGAAAUGCCCUCCGAAGAACAAAGUUGGAUUCAGAAUGGGAGAAGGGGACAUCGUUAAGAAUGGAACAAAUGAGGAUCAAAUACAAAUUUUAAUUUUUCAUGCAUGGACAGCAGAGCGGGCUUAUAUUAAUCGUAUCUCACGAGAUAACAGAAUCCUUUUCCGAGAAUCUCUACGAGAAGCCAUCGGAACAAGACCUCGGCCAUCUGGCUGGAGGUACAUUAUUGAAAAUUCACAUGAAGAAUUAGACGCAGUGGGAGAAUUUUAUUGUGAUCCGGUGAGGAAAGCGUUAUACAUAAUUCCACCUAACGAAACGUUUAUGUCAGAAUAUGUAUAUAUCGGAAAUAACGCACAACUUUUUAAAGUUGUAGAUGCUUCAAAUAUCACAUUCAACGGAAUCGAGGUAAAAUAUACACACGAUGACUCUGUUGGAUGGUUUAAUAGCAAACCCUCUGCAUUGGAGUUUGAAAAUUGCUCUCAUAUAAAAAUAAUGAAUUCUGUAAUUGGGCAUUUGGGCCACAAUGGCAUCGUUAUAGAAGAAUCUAGACAAGUCGAAAUUUUUGGAAAUCAGUUUUAUGAUAUUGGAAACUACGCUGUCAACAUUGCAGACACAGGAAAACGAAAAUCUCUGAAUUCAAUGAGAUCUCGUGAUGUCAUUGUGGCAAAUAAUACUUUCGAUGGAUGUGGGGUUUAUCAUAUGUUGCAGCCUUCUUGCGUGCAUGUCAGAGGCAUUCGGAAUAUUACAAUACUUGGAAAUGACGUAAGAAACACUCCUUACGCAGGAAUAAAGGUAGGUUGGCAAAAAUCGUUUUCCCCAAAGCAUUCCAGUGCGUCACACCCUGUGUUUUACGUAGCAGAAAAUCACGUAAGCGAGUACGGUCUUGCAAUAUUGAAUGAUUUUGCUGGAAUAUAUUUAUCGACAAAUAUGAGAGAUUGUGGAAUACUGCAACGAUUGGAAAAAUGUCAUCUGCACGCAUUAAUUACAAGGAAUGUUGUUCACCAAGGUCGUAGUUAUAAUUACGGUGCGGCAGGGAUUUAUAGCGAUACAGCGGCUUCGUCUGUAACCGUAUCGAACAAUUGGAUAUAUGACGUUGGUGGUCCGGCAAUCAAUUUCCACUGCGGACAGAACAACACCGCAACAAAUAAUAUGAUUGUUCAUGUCAACCCAAACCGGAUUUUCGGCACAUGUAAUCAUGCGAAUGCCAACGGUGAUAGAUCGAGACAGAUUUUCUCAAUGCUUCGUAACGUCAUCUACGUUGAAAAUCCUUUGGCUGCUAUGUACAGACGAGGUGACUGGUGGGAUUUUGACGUACCUUAUCUCAAUUUCAACGUAUAUUUUGGAGGUUCUGUGAGAAAGAAAACAUUUUUUCCAAAAUACGUUUCAAUAAAAAAGUGGAAAAAAGAUACAAGAAACGAUAUGGAUUCAAUGAUUGUACAUCCAAGAUUUACAUCGACAUCUCAUAGAAUUUUAACUUUGAAAAAACAUUCCCCCGCGAUUGAAUUGGGGAUUCGUUCAAUAGACUUGUCCAACGUUAGGGACGGGAUUAGUAACAAAUGGAUGUUCGUGCAUUGACGUAGGCCUAUGCUAUAAGCUAAACUUAAUUAGGAAAAUGUCGUUCCAAGGCUUCGACUUUACGCAGCUCAUUUUAAUAUCAUUUAUAUGUUUUCACUCAGGCCGGGCCCACAGAAGAGACUUGAAAUUUCACAUCCGUAAUAGGGCGGUUUACUUAAUACGCUUUUACACGUACAACUAAAUACCAAGCCGAAUUAGUACAGCGACACUUAUAUUAGGAAAAGCUGUGGAGCCGAAUUUGCUGAGUGAGUAAUCCUAACACCCUAUUAAAAAUACUGAUUUUCUCGGGAGUUCGGAGACGAGACCAAAUUUCUAUCAACUCGAGAGUAGAUAGAUGGUCGAUUGCAAAUCUUUUCUGACUCCACAGCACUGGUCCCACGUACAAGAUUUUAAUUUUUCACAGAGAUGUGAUUUUCUAUCGGCACCUCACUGUUUAAAGCAUCUUUGGGGGCGAAUAGAAAAUGAAGUUAGCAACCCGUCUAAGCAUUCAAAAUAACGCGAGUGGUAUUGCGCAAGGUGAAUCUCUUAUUAAGUAUUUUGCACAUAAUCAUCACUUGCAGGAUCUAAACUUAAAUCAAAAUUAAUAGCGUACGGCUC